AUGGCGACAGGUGUUGACGCAAGGCUGCUCAAGUCCACGAGGUUUCCUCCGGAAUUCAGCCAGAAGGUUGACAUGCAAAAGGUCAACCUCCAGGUCAUGAAAAAAUGGAUAGCAAGUAGAAUAUCUGAUAUUCUCGGCAGCGAAGACGACGUCGUCAUUGAGCUUUGCUUUAAUUUGAUCGAGGGCUCCCGAUUUCCUGACAUCAAGUCUCUUCAAAUACAACUUACUGGCUUUUUGGACAAGGAAACUGCACCGUUUUGCAAGGAACUGUGGAAACUAUGUUUGAGUGCCCAGACAAGCCCCCAAGGCGUCCCAAAAGAACUUCUUGAGGCCAAGAAAUUGGAACUGAUUCAGGAGAAGAUUGAGGCCGAUCGUGCCGCAGACGAAGCCCGCCGCAGACGCGAAGAUGCCGAAAGACGUGAACAUGAUAUCAGCCGGCAGAGGGACCGUGAUCGCAGCGACCGUGGUCGUGGUCGAGGAGACACUUGGCGCAGCCGUCGAGGGGAUAGGGAUUUUGACCAACGAAACAGACGUGACAGCCGAUUUGGCGAAGAUAAGUCAAGAUCCCCGGCUUCCAGGUUUCGCGAUCAACGAGAAAGGGGCUCGUUUCGUGGUUCCCAACGAGAUAUCUAUGUUCCUAGAGAUCGCCUUGCGACUGGCAGAGGUUCUGGUCGUCGCCGUGGUGGUACUCGCUCACCCUCCAUAGCAUCUGCGACCUCACGGUCCACUUCUCGGGGUCGCAGUGCGGAACCAGAACGCGAGUCCAGCCAUGGCUCGAUUUCUCCUCCACCCCGAAGACCCCGCCAAGACCAUAGCUCAUCUGGAAGUCGGCCUGGAAGAAAUCGCUCCAGAUCGCCUAGGCGAAGUGCAAAUGGACAUCAUGACUCAAGACGCAAACGAAGCACGACAUAUCGUUCGUCUGGGUCACCUUCGCCUGACAGACGACCAGCUACAAAACGACGGAGGCACUUUUCAUCUCGACGUCGGUCGCCGGAUCCUGACAGAAGAUCUCGGAGCAGGUCUGCAAGCAGCGCGUCAUCCAAGAGCUCAAGAUCUCGUAGCCCUAGCCCCGGACGUCAGUCGUACCGCAAUCGUGAAGAAACCCAUGAGCAAAGGUCGAGAAACCAUCAUCGAGAGCGUCGCAGUAGCAGUGCCUCCCGUUCACCAGAUAAAGAGGCACGUAGCAGCGAAAAAUCGCGGGAGAGCAGAAGGCGCCAACGAAGCGAAUCAUCCCGAGGCAAGCGUCGUAGCCUUUCACCCACUCAGUCGAGGUCCGGCUAUGAUUCUAAGUGA